CGCGAGAUGUUACGAGCAUUAGUAACGACUUGAACUCGUGUAGUGUUCGGAAAUAAACGUAAUAAGGAACUGACGAAUAGAAAAUACACACAGAUUUGCAAAUUGUUAUGAGUAACGAAAAUAAAAAUGAAAUUUGCAAAUGCAAAGAGUUUAAAGAAAAGUUUGAUGCCUCAGUAAAGGUUAACGAACGAUUAGCAAAAAUGAUUACUGAUUUGAAGCAAGAAAACGAGGAGCUUAAAUCAUCGUUGCGAAAUAGCAAAUCGAGUUGUACCGGUGAACACUCGGGUACGACCGGGGACGAUAAAGGAUAUAAAGAGAGAUUUGAGGCUUUGGUUAAAAUAAAUCAUGGCUGGAAGAAGGAUUAUGAGGAACUUCAUAUGAGAUUUGAUAUGCUUCAAGGGGAGAAAAGGUUACUGGAAGAUGAGGAAAAAGAAUUGAAGAUACGAAUUAAUGAACUUGAAAAGCGCCAAGGACCUUUGGAGAGUGAACUAGCGAGAUUAGCUGGAGCUUUGUAUACGCAACAGGCUAAUGGCGGUGGUCUCUCGGAAGAGCAAUGUGAGAUCUUGAAAUCGCAAGUGAUCGUUUACAAGGAAGAUUUUGAGAAGGAAAGAGAAGACAGAGAACAUUUGAACGAAGAAAAGGAGAAAUUUAAACGCAAACUGGAAGAUGCUGAGGAAAUCAUCAGAAAAUUAACUGCAGAACUCGAUGCUUGCAAAGAUCGUGAAGAAGCUCGCAGAGGAGGUUGGUCCGAGAAUGGAUAUCUCAGUGAACGAGCGGGAACCUCCCCCCGUCAUCAGGUGCAAUACGUCUAUCCAUACAAUCAAGUUGAUCACAGAUGGAGGACAGAACAACAAAGAAGAGGUAUCCUCCCCCGGAAUCCUCCUCCAACCUCUUUUUUUUACGGAGGGGAAGUUGAGGUUGACGAACUAAGAGCCUAAAUGGUUGACAAAAUCAAAAUAUCUGAAGUCAACUGGCAUUGACUUUAAUUCAACUAAAUAACGGGAUUUGAUAUACGGCCAAAUUUAAAGUAAAUUAUAUAUGUAUUUAUUGACAUAGUCAUACUCAAUAUAUUUAAUUUUAU